GUAAUUCAAAAAAAGAAUAAAAUAUAGCAAAUGUAGAAAAAAAUAAAUGUUAUUUAGUCAACAUUUAUUGGACUUUUACUCGUUUGACUACAUUUUUUGUCGCUUCUGAACGAAGAAAUAAUUUUGAACGAAGACAUUAAUUUUAUUGGAGACUUUUUUUUUAUCAAGGAAGACUUUAAUUAUUCUACUUCUACUGAAGUCGUAUCUGACCUUCGAUGUAGACCUUGAUACUUGUUUUUUUAUCUCUUUUUUUUAACGUUGUAUGAUCACUAAAUUUAUAUCUUAGCAAAAUUUAGCUGAAAAUGAUUAAAUAAAAUCGAAAUGUUUGGUAUACAAUUUACAAUGUUACAAAUAUCGACAGAUCUAAAAGAUCUUUUUAUAUUCGCUGUUGAUCUUUUUUAAAUGUUUGUGUUUUGCUACAUUCAAGCUAGAAAUAUGUUAAUCUUAUUUAAAAUUUGAUAUAAAUAAAAUAAGAAAAAAAAUUUUGUAAAGAAAAAGGAACGAAAAAAAGAGAAGAGACGAAAUCGGCUUAUGGCGUCGCUGCGAGAGUCUCGUUCGAAUCUCGCGCCGCGCGUCCCUGGGUUUAGCUUGGUGGACCCCGUGGCGCGUUGUUAUGAUCUAUCAUGGCGGAAUGUAGUGUUGUGGCUGCUCGGUGUCUAUGUCAAUUUUAGAGUGGCGCAGCUUAGGGGUAAAGGGUGCGAGCGGCGACGCGAGCCGACGGCGACUGUCACGGGUGUUCGUGUGAGGUAAUCGUGUUCCUGUGGGCAACCGUAUCGCGGAAGUGGCCACCACGUACCACGGGUUCUCGUCCAUCGUCGCCGCUCUGCCGCCGUCGCUGCCGCCACCGCCACCGCCACCGCCGCUGUCGCUAUCUCCACCGUUGCUACCGCUGCCGCCGCCGCCACCGCCGCGGGAAGAGGAAUCGUAUACAGCGGAGAAGCGGAGAGAGCGUUGCACGCGCCAGCGAUCUCACUAACCGAGAGUGGAUUGGUGUCCAAGCUGGAGAGCCGUGUCCCCGUGCCGGUCGAGACGACGACGAGUCCAACUGUCGCGUAUUGUCGUUCCGAUACGUCGCAGCCACCGCGACACGUGAGAGUCACGGCCACGCGAACUUUUCCCGCGCGCGAUCUGCCUCCUGGCUAGAGCCCUCCCGCGGGGAAUCGCACUAGGAUCGCGUUCACACGCGUCCGCCCGCCCCGACGAACGGCGCGUUGACGACGCGGGGGGAAAGGCCCCGGGGAAACAUUCAUCCAUGACGCGCGUCCAUUGCCCACGCCACUCAUCAAGUUCACCGUUUUACGGAGCACGCAUAUGAUCGUCAGCCGUUCGGAACUGAAGUCAACCGCGUGUGUGGAUUGUGCACGUUGCUUCUCCACGGUGGUGGAUUUUAUCCGAGCGCCGAACGCUGUGUGGUGCCUUUCAACGGAGAGACACACUGACACCUCACCGAACAUUUUUGUUUAUACACUCACGUUACGCGACGCAAUAAUAAUAAACCUUGAUGGGCUGUACAAGGGCAUGCAGAAGUCUAACAUAUCUAGGUUUUUAUCCAUUUGUUGCUCCAACAGGUAUCUGAGAGUUCUCCUAUAGAGACGGCCACAGAGAAAGCCAAAGAUUGAGUGAAUUUGGAAAGGCAUGCGGAAUAGUUGGUGAUACGGAGAGCGCGCUAAUUAGUUUUACAAUAUGACGGAUACACGUAGGAGAGUAAAACUGUAUGCUCUUAAUCAGGACAGACAAUGGGACGAUCGUGGAACUGGUCAUGUUUCCUCUUCUUAUGUAGAGAGAUUGAAAGGGAUUUCUCUUUUGGUAAGGGCAGAAAGCGAUGGCUCUCUCUUGCUUGAGAGUAAAAUACAACCUGAUACGGCAUAUCAGAAACAACAGGAUACUUUGAUAGUGUGGUCUGAAGGAGACAAUUUCGACUUAGCCUUAAGUUUUCAAGAAAAAGCUGGCUGUGACGAAAUAUGGGAAAAGAUUUGUCAGGUUCAAGGCAAGGAUCCAUCUGUAGAAAUUACACAAGAUAUUGUGGAAGAGUCCGAAGAUGAGCGGUUUGAUGAUAUGUCAGAUGCGGCACCGCCUAUCGAAUUACCUCCAUGUGAACUUAGUCGAUUGGAAGAUAUUAAUGAGCUCAUAGAGAAUUGUCUAACGUCCCCAAUGAGAAAAGAGAAAUUGGCGGUGGCACUAGAGUCAGAGGGCUACAUUAAGAAAUUACUGAAUCUUUUUCGUACAUGCGAGGAUUUAGAAAAUAUCGAGGGAUUACAUCACCUUUACGAUAUAUUCAAAAAUAUUUUCCUACUCAAUAAAAAUGCACUGUUCGAAGUUAUGUUCAGCGAUGAUACGAUUUUCGAUGUUGUUGGUUGCCUGGAAUAUGAACCAACGUUAUCUCAGCCAAAGAGGCAUAGAGAGUAUCUCCGACAGUUAGCCAGAUUUAAACAAGCAAUUCCUAUUACAAAUACCGAACUGUUAGCUAAGAUCCAUCAAACAUACAGAGUUCAAUACAUUCAAGACGUAGUGCUGCCAACCCCAAGUGUAUUCGAGGACAACAUGCUGAGUACAUUGAGUAGUUUUAUAUUCUUUAAUAAAGUUGAAAUAGUGACUUUGAUACAGGAUGAUGAGAAAUUUCUUACUGAACUUUUUCGUCAGUUAACGGACGAGGCGACUUUAGAUAGCAAGAGGCGCGACUUAGUCCUUUUUUUAAAAGAAUUUUGCAAUUUUUCUCAAAAUCUCCAGCCACAAGGAAAAGAGGCGUUUUAUAAAACGUUAACAGCACUUGGUAUACUUCCCGCUUUAGAAAUCACUUUGGCGAUGAAUGAUGCACAGACAAAAACGGCUAGUAUAGAUAUAUUGACUUAUAUCGUGGAAUAUUCUCCAAGUGUUGUACGAGAUUAUACAUUGCAACAGAUAAAUAACACGGAGCAGGACCAAAUGUUAGUGAAUGUAAUAGUUGCUCAACUUGUCGGGGACAGUGAUCCCGAGUUGGGUGGAGCGGUGCAGUUGGCCGGUGUACUACGUUUACUUCUGGACCCAGAGAACAUGUUGGCUUCUGUUAACAAAUCAGAAAAGACUGAUUUCUUAAAUUACUUUUACAAAAAUAGUAUCGGUACUCUAAUAGCCCCUCUCCUGGCAAACACGAUCGGAGAACGGCCCGCGAGAGAGGAUUACAGAACAGUACAACUUUUGGGAUUGAUCCUGGAAUUGUUAUCAUUCUGCGUGGAGCAUCAUACGUACCAUAUUAAAAACUGCAUAUUGAAUAAAGAUUUACUCAGAAGAAUAUUGGUUUUAAUGAAAUCAACACACACAUUUCUAGUACUAUGUGCAUUAAGGUUUAUGAGAAAGAUUAUAGCAUUAAAGGAUGAGUUUUAUAAUAGGUAUAUAAUUAAGGGUAACCUGUUUGCACCUGUAUUUGAUGCAUUUGUAAGAAACAAUGGCCGAUACAAUCUUUUAGAUUCGGCUAUAUUGGAAAUGUUUGAAUUUAUCAAAUUGGAGGAUAUUAAAUCGCUAUGUUCGCAUGUUGUUGAAAACUUCUCAAAGGAACUGGAAGCAAUUGAUUAUGUACAAACAUUUAAGGCAUUAAAGUUGAGGUAUGAACAACAUCAAGACAAAUUGAAAGAUCGUGAUAGAGCUACAAUUGACAGUGUCCCAUCAAUCUUACGGAAUAGUCGGUAUCGAAGGGACCAGAGGCAGCUAGACGAGGAAGAAGAGCUAUGGUUUAAUGAAGAAGAAGAAUUUGAUGAUGAUUCAAAAAGCCAUCAGCAACAACAGCAACAGCAGUCUGUGUUAAAUAACAACACUGCUAAUAAUAAUAUUACCUCGCAACAACCACAGAUCAAUAAUAGCUCGUCAACAACGAAUGAAUCACCAAUUGCUUCGGACAUAAAUCCUACUCCGGCUAUUGGCACUGUGGAAAAAACGGGAACAGCACUGUUUAAGAAGGGGUUAGUCGAUUAUGAGGGAGAUUCGGAUGAGGAGGAUGAAGAUUCGGAAUUAAGUCCUUCCCCAAAACGACAACGAUUGUCAUAGUAGGCAAACUUGGAAAAAACAAGAACAUUUGUGAUUUUUAAUUGCUAUUAUCAUUUCAUGACCCUCCUACAUGUAAAAACAAAUCUAUCUCCUCAUUGUUGGAAGAGACAGAUUGAGCUUUUUUGCUAAGGAAUGGACACAAUAAGUGCUUUUAAAAAAGAAAAAUGUAUGGUGGGCACUCAUUCAUAAGUCUGUCUGUGUUGACACAUGUAUAAUAUGUGAAACAUAAAUAGGAUCUGAAUGAAAACUAAGUAAGCUCUGUCGGCCAACUGUAUCGC